UCCUCCUUUUCCAUCUUUACGGUUUUUCCUCGUCAUGUUUGAACUCUGAAGGAGUUGCUUCUUUGGUUACUCUUCAGUCUUCACCACGCAUACGACAAGAACCAGAAGUAACCAAAAGAAGAAAGUUAUAUUCCCAAACAAUUCAACCAUUUCAUUGUAUGUUCGAUCAAUAAAAAAUUUAUCAAGAAAUCCAACUUCUGUUCUCGGUAUCUGGAGUGGGUAGCCGGCGCUAGAAACCACAGUCCCAUUGUCAAUUCAACAGCUCUUCUUCUUGUCUUCUUGGAUCUGCAUCACCAAGUGUACAUGGAGAUGUUGAAGGAGAGAAGCUUUAAUUCAGAGGUAAUGAAAGAGACUACAUGAACAAAAAGUUUCUGAGAAAACAGAACUGCGGCAUACCCAAGAGCUCAGUUUUGUUGAAGAGCAGAAGAAAUGUGGUUGAUCAGAGUCCACUACUGUCAAUUAUCAAUCUUAAUCAGAAACUUCUGAGAAGACUCAAGAGCCCAGGCUCGUACUGCUUUUUUUUUUCUGUAACUAGUCUCACGAAGAAUUUCAUUGAGAAAUCCAAGACCAUAAAAAUGCCUCAAAACAGAGCUAGAUCAGUUGGUUACAGAUCAUUUCUCAUCUGUAAUGAUCCAAGUGGAGUUGUGGAAUGUCGGACUGUCAGAACCAAGAAUGUUAUCCGAAAGAUGGAGCCUAGUAGCGAUUGCCGAAGAUUUCAGAAGGAACAGUCAAAUCCAUCGGUAUGUAGGGAAGAAAGGAAGAGAUUGGUCUCUAAAGGGAACAAAGAAGAAUUACAUGCUCUACCCUCCUCUCAACUCUUGGAGGUCUCCAGAGGAGCUCAGAAGAUAAACCAUAUGAUCGACUCAUGGUCAAGGGGCUUGAGCUUUGAUGGGCAGUCUAAAGAUAUCACAAGAGAUCUUCUGAAAGGUGCUCUGGAUCUGCAAGAGUCUCUAAUCGUGCUGGGAAAACUGCAAGAAGCGUCAAAAUACAUGGCUCAGUUGAAGAAAAAGCAGAAACCAAGGUCUGACCAAGAGGGGGAGAUGGAUAUUGACAGAGUGGAUUCUGGUCGAUUUGGAGACAAAGAUUACCAGACAAGAUUGCAAAUGUCUCGGCUCUCUGUUGAUGACUCUUCACGGGAAUGCAGGGAGGAACUCAAGAAAAUGAUCGGAGAUGGCAUUUACAGGGAAAACCUUCUCUCUAUUUCCAAAGAAGAAAAGACCUCCUGCAGUGGAAGGAAAUUUGGUUCCACAGUGGAUAUUCCCUCCACAAGUUCCAGCCAGUCUGUGAUGGUUCACUCCAGUAGAUCAACAUCUGCUUACUGUUCACCAACCCAAGAUAAAAAGGCAAAGUCACCAAAUUUGAUUGCCAAGCUUAUGGGUCUGGAAGAACUCCCACCAGAACAAGUCCAGCCUUCUGAGAAACAGGUGGAAAGUGAGAAGAGCUCAAAUCAACAGAGACAUAUUUUUAGUACUGACAUGCCAAAAGUUAGGAAAACAAAAUCUGUGGACUUGAGUGCUAAUCCAGAGAAUAGGAUUCUGAAUAAAAUUAUUGAGGCCAUGCAAUUUAAAGAACAUUUGAAGAACAAUUGUAGUGAAGGAUAUACACACCGUUCCCAUCUUCCCAAUACUUCCUGUUCAGAACAGAGGUUUGAUUAUCAAAUUCCACCUAUUGUAAUCAUAAAACCUCUACAUUUUCCAUAUGCAAAGACAGAAGGGUCCUUGUUGGGAAGGUUUAGUGAUGAAGAGGGAGCUUUCGAUACUAAAGAAAUCCUCACAAAACUGGAGGUGAAAGAAGAACCUUCACCUAAAAUGAUUAUCAGGGAAGAGAGAGCUCCAGGCUUUAAAGAGAUGCUUGGAAGACUGAAAGUGAAAAAAGAGCUUCCAGCUGAAAUUGUUAUUGGGGAAGAGGAAAUUUUGGACCAAACACAGAUGCUUAGGAAACUGGAAGCAGACGAGGAAGCUCCAACCAAAAGGACCAUCUGGGAGGAAGGAGCUAAGGACCCUGAAAUAUCACCUAAGGAACCCCAGGAGGUGAAAGAAUUGAAGACAAAGAAACCCAGAGAACCCAAGGUCAAGGUAUUCAAGAACAAGGAAAAGGCAUCUCCUAAUAAGAGGAAAUCUUAUGCUUCCUUAAAUCAAAAGCCAGAGAACAAGGAAUCAACAAAUCAAAAUGCUGAGAGGACAAAAAUGGUGCCACCUGACAAAAGAAAACCAAUAGAGAAAGACAAUGUGACAUCUGUAGCUGGAAAAAGAUAUCAAAACCGGGCCAAAUCAACCUCUGCAAAGUUGAUAAAACCUGAAAUUGAGUUGAUCAUCACAAAGAAGCAGGUUUUCCAACAAAGUACUGUUCAAGAUCCUAAGUCAGUAAAUACUACAAAGCCAGUAUUACAGAAUUCCACUGAUCAGAGGAAGAAAAACCACAGAAAGAAAGCAAUACCAGUCAAAGAUCCAACUGUAAAUAAUUCAGUUAUGGAAGGCUUAAAAUGUAAAGAUUGCAUUUUGACAACAACACUCGCAGAUCAAGUCCUAGCUGGGGAAGGGAGAAAGGGUUUUGAAAUUGAAAUUGAAGACCACGGCAACAAGGACCAGAAUUCUGUAUCUGAAAUUAGACCUUGCACCAAUGAACAUGAAAGAGGCAUCAAACAUGCAGAAGAAGCUAGCAAGCUCAUCAGUCAAGAAACUCAAGGGAGGAAAAGCAUUAUAACCAAAAAUGAUCUGAAGGCAUUACUUUUUAGCAGUCCAUCAUUUCUCAGCUGUGUUGCAGAUCUCUUUGAUGCCAAUGUUGACGAGUCGGUAGUCUUAGAGGAUCCUAGUGUACUUGAAGUUGGAAUGACAAAUCCCAGGCUCUUCUUGGACUAUGCCAAUGAGCUCAUGGAACAGAAAAUCCUGCAAACAUUGCAAGCGUUUCAUCCUUUGUUUAGGUUCAUGAAUCCAAGAAUCAGUAUCUCUCUGGACAAGUUAGUAGAGGAAGCAUGUGAUGGAGUCGAGAAUUUGAGCAAUUAUAACAAGAUUGAUGGUGAUGUUCUUCCUGUAGAUACUCUUUAUAUCAUGUUGGAAAAAGAUCUCAGUUGCAAGUUGGUUUUGGGUGGUGCAUGGGAUUUAGGUUGGAUUAAUGGAUUUUCCACCGAUGAAGCUGACCAAGUUGUAGGUGAAUUGGAGAAGCAAGUUUUAAACCAACUGAUUCAGGAGGUUGUUUUGGAUCUUAUGUCAUAGCAUUUUAUACUUUCUUUUUUUCUUUUUUUUUCUGUUUUCUGUUUUAUUGGUGGUUUUUCUUUUUGGAGGGGGGUUUCCGGGUUGCUUAUCGACACUUUGGGGGUAUAAACAAAUGGGUGGAGGGAACAGUUAGCAGAUGAAGUUGGUAUUUCCUGUACAUAGAAGUUAUUGAGUCAAUACAACAUGGAGAAAUGAGAUUGCUGGCUUAUCCCUGAAGGUAUUACAGUCAUUGUAAAACUAAAAAUAAUGAACAUUUCCAAUACUUCAAUGAUCGGCAUUUAGGUAAAUUGGAUUCAA